AGUCAUAUUUGCCAAACACUUACAAGGGCAUGCUUAUACAUAUAUCUGUCUGAAAAGGCUUACAUGAAAUUCGCCGAGAGGAUCUUCAAAUACGACCCCUGCAGCUUGCUUGGUACUUCAGCUGUUUCUCUCCAGUGGGAUCUAGGAGGAAAACCCAAAGACUGUGAAGAUCUGUACUAUUGCAGGUCGAUGCGGUCUCGAUGGUGGUUUCUGGCACUAUCGGCAUGCGAAGACGAGAAUGUCGAGAACAAAACGUCUGGCCUUUAUGUCGAGUACCAACUUUUCAUGACCAACGGCGAACCGAGCGAGGUGCUCCGCUAUCAAUUUUCCGAUGAUGAGUGGUUGAUACUGCCAACUGAUAUACUCUUCCUACUCUUACAGUGCGGCCUACUCAUUUUUGUAGGUCAGUUGAGCUUUCGCCGUCUGUAUCACAACACAUACCGUAUUUCCACACAAUCAAUUCUACUGGAUGUCUGUGGUUUGUCAAUGAUGGUGAUUGCAUACGGUGCUUAUGCCCUCGAUGGGAUCGGAUUUCCAUUUCUGAAGGGUUUUGCUCAGAUGUUCUUCAUAUUCAUGAUUCUUCUACUGAGUAGAGGACAGAAUGUAACAAAGAUGAAGCUGUCAAAGGUAUGCCACCCUGAAAUUCGCCUCAUUGAAGUUGUUUCAUCGAUAAGAGUAGGCCUUUCGUAUCUUUUGCGAGGUUACAGUGGUUUCGAUCCGGCGCUCGUGUAUUUUCAAUCAGAAUCAAUACCGGGGUUCCUAUUAGCUGGAUGGAGAAUUGUUGCCUAUAUCUUCUUCGCCACAAACUCCUACCUCACACAGAGAGCAUAUCCAGGAAAGAAAAAGUUCUACUUCACAUUUGUCACUCUACUAACACCAUGGUUUUGGGCCAGUCCAAUAGUUCUAUUUAUUGCUAUUUAUGUGCUCGACAAUUGGGUACGAGAUGGUGUAACUAAUAUCGUCGAUAAUUGCGUCAUAUCAUACGGUUACAUUGUCUUUCUGUAUAUAUCAUGGCCCUCUCAUGCAAAUGCCAACUUUCCCUUCCAUAUUCGAACGACGCAGAUUGAUGUCAGCUUCGAUCCACAGAAUGCUUACGUAAGUGUAUGUUACUACUCUUACUCUGUUCCAGUUGAUUUCCAAGGCAUACUAUCCCGUUCUGAAUGGGAGUAA